CUAAUUUUUAUAGCAUUCAAUUCCUUGUUUUACUUAGUUUUCUGUCCAUCGAUGGCAACACCCCCAAUCGCUCAUGAAUCUUUUGCUUGGGAAUACGAUGUGUUCUUGAGCUUCAGAGGUGAAGAUACACGCAAAACUUUCACUGAUCAUCUUUAUUCUGCGUUGUGUCAAACCGGAAUCCGCACAUUUAGAGAUGAUGAAGAACUCAGAAACGGUGAAUAUCUUGCUCCUGAUCUCACGAGAGCAAUUCAAAAUUCAAGAAUCUCUAUGAUAGUCUUCUCAAAAGACUAUGCAUCCUCUAGGUGGUGCCUUGAUGAACUUGUGCAAAUUAUCGAGUGUAAGGAGAAGGGAAACCAAAUAGUUUUUCCCAUUUUUUACGAUGUUGAUCCAUCUGAUGUGCGUAAGCAAAGUGGGAACUACGGGUUGGCUUUUGCAAAGCACGAAAAACGUUUUGAAGAAGGAGAUAAAGUACAAAAGUGGAGAGAUGCACUCACCAAAGUUGCAAAUAUGUCGGGAUGGGAUUUGCAAGGCAUCAAUAACGGAUAUGAAUCCAAGUUUAUCAAUACAAUAAUCAAUGAGGUUCGGUUGACAGUAAGACAAGUACCAAUGUUUGUGCCCGAUACAGUAGGACUUGAUUAUCGUGUUGAACAUGUGGUCCAGUUAUUGCUCGAGGAACCUCAUGAUGGUGUCCGUAUGAUUGGGAUACAUGGUAUGGGAGGAAUUGGGAAGACAACUCUUGCAAAAGCGGUCUAUAACAGGCUUUUUGUAUACUUUGAAAGGAGCUGCUUUCUAGAGAUAGAUUCAACGAUUUCAGAGCAACAAGAUAAUGGAAUAAAUCUUGAGAAAGUAGACAAUCAGAUAAAAAAUAUACAAAAGCAGCUUUUUAAGAAGCUUUUUAAUGAGGACAUCGACAUUGGCAAUAUAGAUGAAGGAAUCAUGUUGAUGAAAAGGCGACUUCAAGCAAGAAAGUGUCUUAUUGUCCUUGAUAAUUUGGAGCAUAGAAAUCAAUUUAACAAAUUAUGUGGAGGACGAGACUGGUUUGGUGGAGGGAGUAGACUUAUUUUAACCACAAGAGAGGCACAUGUUUUUAAAGAGUUGAAUGUGGAUGAGCAUUAUGAAGUUAAGGUAUUGAACCAUGAGGAGUCUUUGCAGCUGUUUAGCCUACAUGCAUUUGGAGAGCAUGCGUUGCAAAAAGAAGAUUAUAAUAAGCUUCUAGAUGGCAUAGUUGCUUAUUGUGAGGGACUUCCAUUAGCUCUUGAAGUUUUAGGGGCUUAUCUGCGCCAUAAAUCAAAGAAGGAGUGGAUUAGUGCUUUUGAAAAGUUGAAAGGAAUUCCUCAUAAUGAUAUUCAAGCUAAACUUAAGAUUAGUUAUGAUGGGCUUCCAGAUGAUCAUAUAAAAUCUCUUUUUCUUGAUCUUGUUUGUUUCUCCCGUGGAGUUUCUAAGGAGAAAAUUGAUAAAAUGGGAUAUUUCUCAGACAUUGAAAUUCAAGACUUGGUUGACAAAUGCUUGAUAAAUUGUGAGGGGUAUUGGGGUACAAGAAAGAUUGAGGUGAUUGUAUUCAACUACUCUCCUAUGAAAGAUGUGAAGUAUAAUACAAAAGCAUUUAAGAACAUGGAGAAUUUAAGAAUUCUUGAAAUUGAUGAAGUUCAUCUUGAUGGAAAAUUCAAACAUCUAUCCAGUUCCAAGGUGCUUAGAUGUUUGCGAUGGAACCACUGCCCUUUGAAAUCUAUCAAUAUUUCAUCAAGUGGUACUUUUCAGAAGCUUGUGAGUCUGGAAAUAGAAAACAGCAACAUCAAAGAAUUUAAAGCUCCUCUAAAGUCUUUGGAUAUCGAGUUGUGCCAUCAUCUCACAAGAACUCCCAACUUUAAAGGCUGUCAAAAUCUCCGUAAGUUAUCAUUUUCUGGAUGUUCAAGUUUGUUAAAGGUGCAUUCUUCCAUCGGAGAUUUGGAGAAAUUAGUUUCUUUAAGAUUUGAUAACUGUCAAAAGUUAAAGAAACUUCCAAUGAACGUCAGCCAUUUGCGGUCACUGCAAGAUCUUAAUUUGUGGGGUUCGUUAGAACUUAAAGCAUCCCCUGAAAUUUUUGGAAAUUUAACCUCAUUACAAAGUAUAAGUCUUGACUGUACCAGUAUUUAUGGGGUGCUCUCCAACCUGUCUCAUUUGUUCAACCUCAAAAUAAUUUGGUUGAAUCUCUGCAAAAACCAAGAAGUACUCCAACAACUUCCUCACACUGUUCAAGAGGUCAACUUGUAUCAUUGUGACAAUCUAAAAAUGAUCCAAGAGUUUCCACUUAACCUUAGGAGUAUUUUCUUACAUAAUUGCAGAAGUCUUAAAAUGCUUCCAAUUCUUCCUCCUAAUCUUGAGCAAAUUCAUUUAGAUUGUUGUGAAAAUCUUGAAAUGCUUCCGAAACUUCCUCUCAAUCUUGAAGGAAUUAGUUUAUCUAGCUGCAAAAAUCUUAAAAUGCUCACAGAAUUUCCUCCUAAUCUUAGGGAUAUUUUUUUAGGUGGUUGUGAAAAGUUUGGAAUGCUUCCAGAACUUCCUCCCAAUCUUUUUGAAAUUAUGUUAGAUGAUUGGAAAAACCUAAAAAUACUCCCAGAACUUCCUCUGAAUCUUUAUGAAAUUAUUCUAUCUGGUUGUAGAAACCUUAAAAUGCUUCCAAAAUUUCCUCCCAAUGUUACUAAAAUCUACAUACAUGAUUGCCAAAACCUGAAAUUUCUCCCAGAACUUCCUCCGGGACUUCAAGAUCUUAGGGUUGAAAAUUGUGAGUUGAUCGAAAAAGUAUCAAACUUAUCAAAUUGUACGGGGUUGCGUCAUUUGCAUCUCAUCAGUUGCAAAAAGUUGGAGGAGUUUAAAGGUUGGGAGAAUCUUCAUUCCAUAAGGACAAUGGGGUUUGGAGGUGUUCCCCAUACUGAUUUCUCAGAAAGCAUUAAGGAGGUUUUAAAAUGCUCCAUGAAUUCCAAUGGUCUUCUUGCUUGUAAUGAAAUUCCUGAUUGGAUUAGAUGUCAGAAAGAAAAAUCGUCAAUAUCAUUCCAAUAUCCAUCAGCCAAUUUGAAGAAUCAUACAUUGGAAUUUUAUGGAUUGGUUUUUUUGGUUGUGCUCAACCCGGCUCCCCUACUCCCACCACUUUAUUGUCAUUAUCACAUCAAAAUUGGAAAGCAUGAUUCCAAAGCCUUCCGAAAAGCAUGGUAUAAUUAUCGUGGGAACCAAUUAGAAAUGGAAGGAAUUUCAUUUUUACAUGUCUUUACAGCUAAUGCUUUGGGUGGAGAUAUAAAAGCUGGAGAAGUCAUCAAAGCUGCACCCAUAACUGAAAUUUAUGAAGGAUUGUACGGAGACGAGAUUACAUCAUCACCAUUUGAAGCAAGUAUGGUGAAGAAAAUAGGAGUUGAAGCAUUGUAUAGAAAUAAAGAUGGCUCCCUACAACUUCUACCCAUCACUAAGGUUGGGUAG